CCAAAGCUGCGCCCUACGGGGUGUACUGUGGACUUCUGCCAGUCUGGCCGUAUGAUCAAAACAACGGAGCCCCGAGUCGGCCGUGAUGCAUCUAUUCAAGAAAUCCAGAGAGAUGCACAAGACUUCCUCUGUCAGCUGCGUGCCGAGGAUGUGAUAGACUCCGACGAGAGAUUGCAGCACAGACUGAACGAGGUUCUUGUUGAGAUUGCAAACACCUCUUGCAUGUCGGAGCAACACACAGCGAGCAAGCGUAACGACCACCACGCUGCAAUCACUUCCAGCAUCGGAGGAUCUUGGUCCCAAAGCCUGGAGGAGCUGAGACAUGGACUUCGACUGGCUUGGAAGCACUCCUCGAAAUGCAUCAUGCGGAGCGAGUAUCAGACGCUGGAAGUCCGUGACUUCCGUCACAUCAACACUUCGCGGGAGAUGUGCACGACCGUGAUUGCUGCACUCCGGGAGGCUUUCAAUAAUGGCAAGAUCGCACCUACAGUC